UAAGUCGAUGUUCAGGCCAAUCCUGUGCCUGACAUUGGACAUCACAGUAGUCUGCUGUUCGACAGGCCUUACACCGUCCCGAGCGUCUCCUCUUGCACCCUCGUCGAAUGCAUUGCCCAUCAACUCGGGACAUUUGUUGAAGCGCAUCUAGAAACAUCCAAGCAUCUCGAAUAGUAUUGGGCGACCGCCCUCCCAGAAACAUGAAAGCAGUUGGAAUAUCGAACGACCUGCCUCCCAAAUUGCCCGCGUUUGUAGCCCAUUUACUAAGCUCUUCACUGGGAGAAAAAGCCUUGUCAAAACAAGCCCGCAAGAGACGCUGGCGAGGAAGAUGUCGGCGGAUAGUAGAGAGCAAGGACGGCGUCAUUCGAACAAUGCGGUAAAGCUCUUCAAUGAAAGUCCCUAUAUGUUGAUAUACCCUAACGUCAGUAUCGGCCCUUUGGACCAAAACAUACUCUACGGCGUCAAAUAUAUCUGCACGGACCAGGACCUUUAUGAAGGCCUCCCGUAUCUCCUGGGCCUCCUGCCCCACGAGGCUCUUCAUGCAUAUAUUGAUGAGCUCCAUGACUUCUACAAGCAACUGACUCGCCUUGAAAUUGGGCGAGUCUUCGAUAUGGCCGGGGAUCCAAAUGAUAGAGAUCAGAUGUUUGAAUAAGAUCUGAGAGUGCAAUAAUGCGUGUAGAUAUUCUGCGCCAGCGGAGGUUUUCCAAAGUGUCAGACCGAUAGCACUCUGCGAAGUGAGUGCCAAAAUAAGCUGUAUCGCUUCGUCGAGGCUAUCGGCCGGCAGUGGGACAAGGC